AUGCUUGGUGCACUCUUUACUCGCAACCUCGAGGCUCUCAAGCGCCCUGUCAUGGACACCGAUGACACGGACGUCCAGGUCACCGAGACUCGAUUACAAUCUACUACGGCCGGCGGCGAGGCUUCCCACGGGCCGUCGAAGGCGGCUGUCAAGACCACCACCACCACCACCGAGGGGGCCAGUCCGGCCAGUGUGAGCACCGAGAAUGACGAGGCUCAAGACAGCGACGCAUCGGAAGAGCAGGACGGCGGUGAGGAGCAAGACGAGGAAGAGGAUGACGACAGCGACGAUGAUGUGGACAAACGUGCUAACGAUCUCUUACCACCCAGCUUCACCACUUCGGUAAUUGUUACCGUCCACGUCGGCCCAAAGCGCAAAUGCUUCUACCUCCACCGCACCCUCAUCUGCGAACGGUCCCCUUUCAUGGAGAAAUGCCUGUCCAAAAACCGAUUCAGUGAAGGAGACAAGAACGAACUAUACCUGCCAGAGGACGACCCGAAGGCGUUUGCGAUUGUGGUCGACUGGAUUUACCGGGGCAAACUGCCGAGUCUGGUACCUGGCGUAGGUGGCGUGGACGUGCUCGACAUGACGUCCGCCUAUUGUAUGGCGGACAAGUUCGGCAUGGAGGAGCUGCAAAACGGCAUCAUCGACGCUGUCAGGGCCAGCCAUCGUGUCGCCCACCAACAUCACCUGCACACGCAUGGACACAACCACACACACUGCACCAUGAGUGGACACAGUAGCGGAAGCAGUAGAGACGCGAGCCGACUGGGUCUGAUCUCGUCUCUGACAUCUGGACCGGGGGACCGAGAUACUUCGGCGGCCCCGACCUCCCCUGAGUCGACGCGACCGAACUAUUCAGCCCUCGCCGUCUGCCACCUGACCGGUCCACCCAAAUCACCCCUCAAGCGUUUCUUCAUCGAGCAGCUUGUGUACCACAUGAUGACUUUCCCGCGGUGGUACCACAACGACUUCACCAAAAAUCAUCCGUCUUCGUCCAAGAUGGCCACCAAAAGUCCCGCCGCAGCCGACGAUCCACGUGCAGUGCGCGAUCGGGAGAAUUUCGACAAGCUUUUCGAAACCGCCGACUUGAGCCUGUUGAUCAUGCGGAAGAUCUGGCAAUGGCAAAUCGAACGCUGGGGCGACCCGGCCCGCGAUCGAGGAUGCGCGUACCACGUGCACAGCAGCACUCAGUGCGAGUACAAGAAAGCGGGCAUUGGCUCGACUUCGGGCAUAUCUGGCACCAAACCAAGCGUCAGAGGGGGCCUGAGUAGCAACCCGAACCACUCGACAACCCUGUUGCAGGGAUUGGGCUCAACUUCACGGGCGCAGGCAAACUGGAUGGGCGGAUCGAGUGUGGCAACAACAGGGUUAAUCGGUGGUUGGCAUCCAGGGGUUGGUUGGUAG